UUUUUGAAUGAAUAUCAGAUUGGAAAAAAUGGAUUAGAUGAACUUGAUGAAUAUGAAGUCAUCUCACGUCUUUUCGGAGAACUUAUUCGAUAUGAACUUUUCUCACAUCACAAAUAUAUGUUACGUUUAAUAGCAAAUGGUUACAUACAUUCAGAUAAUGUAGACUAUAAGAACAUAACCCACUUAAAAUAUUUGACAUGGUUUCCAUUACUUAAUGAUGAUUAUAAUCAAUUAAAUCAACGUCGAAUUAUUUUAUAUGGUGUACGUGGAGAAGAUAUUCAAGAUAAAGAAGAUUUUGAAAUGCUUGCAUCAAAAAUCAAAGAAAAAUUGUCAACAAUGUUUUCUGAAAAAGCUAAAGAGUUGGAUACUCCAG